UUGGUGACGUAAGACUACUUACGCAAAACCUUGGAGGUCGGUGACGCAGCUGUACUGUCUGCUCUUUCUGUCUCAAGAUCUCCAUUGACAAAGGGCCAAGUGUCAGGACCAGUCUCUCCUACAUUGCAGUCUGACACAGUGUGAUCAUCCAGCCCCGCUCCAGCAAGAAUGAGUGGUCCUGGGGACAUCAGCUGAACUGACUAGGGGAAGUUGGACAUCUUAAUAUCAGCAAGGAUGACUGAUACGACUGUUACCAUGGCGGACAUCCUCACCAGUCUGAUCCGUCUGUCAGAGAAAGCUGCUCACCUGGCUAGAACCAUCCGCUCUGAGCAUGCUCUGUUUGAGCUUCUGGUGGAGGAAAAGACGGGAACAGCCAAGAACAAACGUUUCCAACAGGACUUUAAAACCCUGGCAGAUGUUUUGAUACAGGAGAUGGUGAAACAUAACCUCGGCAAACAGUUCCCUUCCAUCAUUGGCCACAUCCAUGGUGAAGAGGACAACACCUUCACCAACCAGCUGGGAGAGACCAUCACAGUGGAGGUGCAGCCCUCCCUGCAGCAGACUUCAGACCUGCUCUGUACUGUACUGGAUGGGAAUCAACAUGCUGCGAUGCUAUUGGCUGAGGCAGUGCACUGGGAGGUUACCAUGGAGACAGACCAGAGAUUGACAGCUGCAGCAAAUGACAUCCCUGUGGAGUCAUUAGGAAUAUGGAUUGACCCUAUUGACUCUACAGCAGAGUACAUCCGUGGUGCGGAGGAUGAGACAGCGACAGACGGUGUGUUUCACCGCGGCCUGCAGUGCUGCACCGUUCUCAUUGGUGCUUUUGAUCGGCAAUCAGGGCUGCCUGUGAUGGGAGUCGUCAAUCAACCAUUUGCCUAUAAGGACCAAGAAACUCUGAGGUGGAGGAGCAGACACCUGUGGGGCGUGUGCUACAACGGGUAUCACUGCCACUCUCUCAUGGAUGCUGACUCCACUGUUACCAUGACAACAGAACAGCCCAACCAAUCAGAGGCAGACAGGGUUGCCGUGACAACAGAACAGUCCCACCAAUCAGAGUCGGGCAGGGUUCCUUCAGUGGUGCUGAGUGAGAGUGAGUCAGAUGACAUUAAGUCUCUCCUCAGUAAGGCUGGGUACAGACUAUGUUAUGCUAAUGGUGCAGGGUACAAAAUGCUGUGUGUGAUAGACAAUUUAGUGGACGCCUAUGUGCUGACUAAAUCAUCCACAUACAAAUGGGACACAUGUGGGCCUCAUGCCAUCCUCAGGGCACUAGGCGGGGGCAUGGUGGACCUGGAGGCAACAGUAAAGUUGUUUAAACCAGAGACUGGAGAAGUGGACUUAAAACAGUUGCAAAUUAAAUACAACCAACCAGAUUCAGGUACGACAACAUGGGGGAACAUGGGAGGGUUGUUAGCGUACAGGUCACCAGGCCAUGCUCUUAAUGUACCAAAAGCCCUUUGUUCAUUACAUUAGAUUAGGGCAUUGCAGUACAUGUAAAAGCUGGACUGAAAUACAUAUUUACAUUAUCCUGAAAUCACAGUCAAUGAAAAGAGUACAAUGUACAUGCAUGCCUUUGUGUAGUCACCUAGUCUGUUCUAGUUUGGAAUUCUUUGUCAACUAGUCUAAAAAGUAAUUUCUGUGACACUUUAAUGCCAGGAAGGAAAGUUAUUAAUGGAGAUUUUACAAUAUUUUAGUUUUUCAUUUGCAGAAAUUUUUAAGCUGUUUAUUUUAGACAUACAAUAUUGUCGACUGUUUUAAGUGAAUUAUGGAUUUUUGAAGCAUUGUCCCACAAAAGUAAAGGGUCCAGAUAAACUGUAAAUGGGACCAAUGAUGUUGGAUGAUACAAUUGCCAGAUACUUAAUUUAGUACCAUAAUUGCUAUGUUAACCCAAGACUAUGAAUAACUAGUUAAAAUUGACAAACACUGUUUAACGUUGCUCCUUACAUGGGAUGUACCUUGAACUGAAAGCAGGCUAAAAGUUUCCUCAAUGUCAUCAUACUCUGUAUGUUGUUGAUGGGCAUUAUGGCAUUACCAGACUGGUUGGAAGCCUUCGUAGCAGGCCUUUCCAGGACUUAUAGUUAUAAACUUUCUAAAAUGUGCAUUUUUCUGAAGGCAUAUGAGUUUUGAGUAUUCUCAGGUUCUUGUAGGCAGUUCAGAAG